GCGGAUUGGAUCACCCAUUUGGUGGUGCAGUUUAUUUGAGGAUGAUGAAGCGGUGAGCACAUCGUAGUCAACUCAGAACUAGCAGUAACCGCAAAAGACAAAAAACGCACAGUCGCAUUUUCAAGUAUAGUGCACGACAGGCACAUCGCGACUCCCAUAAAUACAUCAACAUAGACGACUGACAGCAUAGAAAGGAAGAAAGCAAAUAACGCAACGUAAUAAUCACGGUGGCUUUCUUCAUUUUUCUCGUUUACAGUAAUGCCGAGUGCAGUCGAAACGCGCGAUGCGUGCCCGAUUGUGCGCACACACCAGCGCUUUCUACUGCGUUCGCUUGAAUUCACACAGCAGUAUGCUCCGAUGUACCGCUGCCGCCUUGAAGCGCAGUACACACCAGCAAUUCGAGCUAUUCAGCACAUCGUCACGCAGCACGCAGCCAACGGCGUGAGUAGUGCCGGAUUGCUGGAUCCGCGGCGUGUGCUGGAGCUGCAGCCUGGCGUUCCGGCUAUUUGCGUCGGUGUAGUCUACAAGAACAUGAAAAUGCUGCCUCGGUUUCUGGAUGAGUAUCAGCGCGAGCUGGUGCGUAUCGACGCCGGCGACGAGGACAACGACGACGACGGCGGAGGUGCGGUGGAGUCCGUUCCCCUAGACGCAAAAGACGCCGUUUCGGGGAUGAUGAACGAGGAAGGGGAGUUGAGCAACGGCGGCCAGGCCCUUGCGGCGGAGAAUGAGCAAUACAGUGUUUGCAACAGCGCGGACGAAUUGAUGCUGGAGGACAGCAGCGGUCGCGUGCUGUUGCAGGGGCUAAAUCCGGAGCGCUUUUGCACGGGUGUGGUGCUCGGCAUCUACGGCAAUCUGCUCGCGAAUGGUAGCAUCGCAGUCAUUCGUUACGCUUUCGCGGGUGAUCUGCGCUCUUCCUACGUACCCCGAUCAUUGGCGCACAUCACAGACAGCGCUAUCGAGCCUUGCUACAUUGCUUUCGUGAGCGGGCUGAGCAUCAAUCUCCCGCGCGACGGCAGCAGAGAGGAACACGCCGCCGUGGCGAAAGCGCGUGCCUCGUUGGAGUUGUUGGUCGAUUUCCUCUGUGGAGGCACGAGCAACGCCGCGUUGCGCACAAAAGCGAAGCACGUCACCCGCUUGGUGAUCGGCGGUGACAGCAUUGCGCCAACGGACGAGCUCAAGCUCAAGAAAAAGGUGAAGCUGGACCCGUCCGAUCACGUGCGGAUGAACGACGACAAGGCGCAGGCUGGCAUUGUCACCUCCGCCGCGUUGAUGCGCGAGCUCGACGUGGUGCUAGAGCGCGUGGUGAGCUCGGUCGAGGUGGAGAUGAUGCCGGGAGACAACGACAUGUCGGAUGCUUUUCAGCCGCAGCAGCCCUUGCACCCAGUGCUGCUUCCGAAAGCCGCGCGGCACUCCACUCUGCGACUCGUGUCAAAUCCGUUCUGUUUCACGGCGCUGCCCCCGGCCUGUGCGUGGAAGAGCGGGGCGGAAGAGGGAUCGGACAAGAAAAAGCACAGGUCGGAGGUGAGUGACGGGGUGAACGUCUUCGUCACCUCUGGGCAGAACAUCAACGACGUGGCGCGUGAGUCGCGCUUCCCCACCCGACUUGAUACGAUGAGCCUUGUGAUUGAGAGUGGGUGUGCGUGCCCCACUGCCCCUAACACCCUCUUCAGCUACCCGUUUUGCAAGCGUGAUCCUUUUCUGUUCGAGCGGACACCGCACUGCAUGGUGGCGUGCGACCAACCGCGGUUUGAGACGCGCUUUGCCACGCUGGAGAAGAUGUACGCGGAGACGCACCACAGCUACGCAGGAGCAGAAGCAGCGAAAGAGGCGGGAAAGCAGAAGACGGAGUCGGCAAACGAAGAGACCGAGACGGAAGGUGCGGGGGCUGGUGUGCGAUUGAUCUGCGUUCCUUCGUUUGCUCGUUCUGGUGCGCUUGUCUUGAUGGACGUCAAUUCGCCCACACUAGAGACGACUGCUGUGAACUUCACCGUUCCAUGA